AUGGAAUAUAGAAGAAUCAAGGACGAGGACAAAGAUGACGUUGAUCUGGAAGUAAACGAAGAUAAGGAAAGCUUACGUGACAAAUCAACUGGCAUUGUAAACAGUUUCAUUACCUCGUGGCCCUUCACCAUGGAAGGAACAAAGUGGAAACGCAAGUCCAUUGUUACUGCUGCGCUGACUAUCCUUACAAGUUCGCAAGCUAUACUAAUUGUGUGGUCCAAAAGAGCUGGCAAGUACGAGUACAGUGUUACUACUGCCAAUUUUCUGGUAGAGGCUCUCAAGUGUGCAUUAUCCCUUGCAGCCCUGGCAAGAAUCUGGAGAAGCGAAGGAGUUACUGAAGAUAACAGGUUAAGUACGACGCUGGAUGAAGUCAUUGUUUACCCAAUUCCUGCAUUUCUUUACCUAGUAAAGAAUUUGUUACAGUAUUACAUCUUCCAAUAUGUUGAUGCUCCAGGAUAUCAGAUACUGAAAAAUCUGAACAUUAUCAGCACAGGCAUACUCUAUCGCAUUAUUCUAAAAAAGAAGCUAAGUAGUAUUCAAUGGGCUGCCUUCAUUUUAUUGUGUGCAGGCUGCACCACUGCCCAACUGGAUCCGAGUUCUGACCGUGUCCUUCAAACUCCUUUUCGAGGUUGGUUCAUGGCAAUCGUCAUGGCUCUAUUUAGUGGCUUUGCUGGAGUAUACACGGAGGCUAUCAUGAAAAAACGACCUUCUAGGAAUAUAAAUGUGCAAAACUUCUGGUUGUAUGUGUUUGGGAUGAUCUUCAACGUUGUUGCAAUACUUGUUCAAGAUUUUGACGCCGUCGUUGAGAAGGGAUUCUUUCAUGGGUAUUCCCUGAUUACUGUUCUCAUGAUUUUGAACCAUGCACUGAGUGGGAUUGCUGUAUCAAUGGUCAUGAAAUAUGCCGACAAUAUUGUGAAGGUGUAUGCCACAUCAGUUGCAAUGCUGUUGACAGCAUUUGUGUCUUUCCUUUUUUUCGGGUUUCAAUUCUCUACUGCAUUCUUGCUGGGUUCCAUUGUUGUUUCCGUCUCGAUUUAUCUGCAUUCCAAUGGCGGAGUUCAGAGGCAGCAAUGACAACGUUUAAGAGAUUAUUUCUGUCCAAGUGCCUGAGGAAGUGGAUUUUAUUUAUUUAUUUAUUUUUUCCAUUUCAAGCAUUAAAUCUGUUUUUUAUUUUAUUUUUUAUUUUUUACUUACAUAUUCUACGUUGUGUUAUAAUUACAAUCGAUAUAGUUUUCACUUUUCAGGGAUAGAUUAGGGUGAGAUGGCCCCUAUAGCUGGUCUCUCUUUCUCCUUGCGGAGGUUACCUCUCCCAAUAUUUGAUCAAAUGUCUAGAGUCUUUUCUCUUUUUUUUUUUUAAUUUUUUUCUUUUCUAUUUGAGGAAAAAUCAGUAACAGCCAUUGAUCGGCCAAACAGCCAGACCCAGAAGAAUGAGAUCAAUGAAAAGCCACGUAACUUCCUGGC